GUUAUAUGCUGGGUAUCUCGCGCUAUUACAGCGCACACUGUGCACAUAGUUUAGGCAUCGCUCAUCGGUUUUUUUUAGCGCCUGGAACCAUGCCCGCUCUGGGCUUUAGCGCCCAGCAGAAUGCGCUAGAUGCAACGCGCAAAGCAGCGCCCUCGCCGGUGGCAGCGCCGCGACGUGGCAUCGUUCGGGUUGCCGCAGGCACCAGGAACCGGGGCCUGCCCACGCUGCCCAAAAUGCCCAAUAUGACACGGCUUGAGGAUAUCAAGGAGCUGAAGGACCUGGGCAUUAACAGCAGCGAGCUCUCGGACCUCGAGCUUCGCGACGUGCGGUCGGUGUCGUACGUGUCUCGCCGCCGCCUGGACGCGGCGGACUUCGACCCGGAUGAGGUGGACGAGGACGGCCUGCCUCUGGUGUACAACGAGGAGCGUAUUGCGGGCUACUGGGGCGGGCGGCCCGGGGAGCUGGCGGGCAGGUGGACCAAGUUCGCGGCGGUGUCGGCCCCCUGGCUGACCAAGCUGGCCAACGCCGUCAUCAGCGGCCGACUGGACCGCGACCGGGCGGCACUGGCGCGUGACGCGGUUGACAACUUUGAGAAGCUGGGGCCCACCUUCAUCAAGCUGGGCCAGAUCCUCAGCAUCAGGCCGGACGUGCUGCCUCCCGACGUGCUCAAGGAGCUGUCCAAGCUGCAAGACCGCAUCGAGCCCUUCCCCACAGACCAGGCCCGCGCGGUGCUGGAGAAGGAGCUGGGUGCCCCCGUGGAUGAGAUCUUCUCCGAGUUCAGCGAGAAGCCCAUCGCGGCCGCGUCGCUGGCACAGGUGUACCGCGCCCGCAUCCGGGCCACGGGUCAGGAGGUGGCGGUCAAGGUGCAGCGGCCGCAGGCGCUGGGGACCAUCAGCAAGGACUUGUACGUGAUGCGGCGUGCUGUGGGUGUGUACGAGAAGCUGGUCAAGCGGUUCACGGCACAGACCACGGACUACCAGCGCCUGCUGUCCACCUUUGCGGAGGGGCUGUACACGGAGAUGGACUUUCGCAACGAGGCGCUCAACGCCUCACGCAUGGCGCAGCUGCUGGACGAGAGUGAGUUCGCCUCCAACGAGGUCAUCAUCCCCGCGCCCGUCAUGGAGCUCACCACACGGCGUGUCCUCACCAUGGAGUGGGUGACGGGCGUCAAACUCACCACGUUGCAACCCGAGGAGAUCCGCGGCCUGGUCAAGGUGGGCCAGGAGGCCUUCCUGACUCAGCUACUGGAGAUUGGGUUCUUCCACGGUGACCCCCACCCCGGCAACCUGCUCAAGGUGACGGAGGGCCCCCACGCGGGUAAGCUGGCGCUGCUGGACUUUGGGCUGGUGGCGGAGAUCCCAGCCGAGGACCGCCAGGUGCUGUCGCCCUACCUCCGCGGCGGCGGCGCAGCUGCCUUCAACUUCCAGGCCCUCAGCCAGGACCUGCUGAGUGCCACCCUGGAAAUCCCCUUCUCCGUGCCGCCCUACAUGUCGCUGCUGGCCAGGAGUGUGGCCACGCUGGAGGGCAUUGCGUUGGCGGGCGACCCCCAGUACGCCAUGGUGGCACAGGCCUACCCCUUUGUGGCUCGCAAGGUCCUCCGCAACGACUCCUCCUCCGCCUCGGCGCUGCUGCGAGACCUGCUGCUGAUCAGGGACGCGGCGGGAGCGGGCGGCGGCGCGGCGGACGCAGAGGGCGGCCGCCCGCUGGCGGCUCGGCGGUUGGCGGCGCUGCUGAACGCGGCGUUGGGCUACGUGGCUGACAGCAGCGGCGGCUUCGUGGACUUUGACGCGCUGCCGGACGAGGGAGCCAGCGUGCAGGAGAUCGCGUCCUUCCUGCUGUCGCCUGAGGCGCGCGAGCUGCGGCCGCUGCUGGUGGGCUGGGUGAGCGGCGGUCUGGACCUGCUGCUGCGAGACCGCCUGCGCAAGGCCUACAAGAGAGAGGGCGUGUUUGGGUUGAGGAGUGCGUUUUGAGGGGUGGAGGUGAGGGUGGGAUGUAGGGUGGGUAUUGUCGCCUUUGG